GCCCGGACGGGCUGCGACACUGCGGUGCUCUUGCUAAAGAUGGAACAUUUGGCGGAAAUGCCGGACAGUUCUGCAGACUUCAUGGCUGGCUCGCAUCGUGGUCACUCCGUGAUCACGUACGACCGCCAGACACUUCUGGAUAUGGACAUAUUGGGCCGUUUUGGACUGAUAGACGCGGGCGUGCUAAACAUGCUAACUAGCAUGGGGAUUCGUCGGCGGCUACGUCCAGCGGCCUGUGAAGCAGGGGAGUCUAGUAGCAGCGGGGGCCGUCUACGGAGCAGACGCCAGCGGUGUGAUCGGAAACGCGGAUGUCGAGCGGGGCUAAAAACAAAGCAGAAGGCUAAUCCCCACAGAACACCACUUUCCUCCAUCCCGAAGACGGAUUUAGAUGGAAAAUGCGAGACUACUGGUCUGGGGGGUCCGGUCCGAUCCGGUGGCCAUGUACUGCUUGCCUGUGUAUCGGCUGGGGACAUCUCUGCGCUGCUGAUCCGCCUCGACAUCUCUGCGCUGCUGAUCCGCCUCCGCUUGGGAUGGUUUCCUGCUGGCUCCGCUGUGAACGGGACUCUCGCUGCUGAGUUGGACCCGCUUUGGACUGGACUCUCGCGACUGUGUUGGAUCCAUUGUGGAUUGAACUUUCACAGUAUCAUGUUAGACCCGCUCGACAUCCAUUGCUUUCCUCCUCUCUAAGGUUCUCAUAAUCAUUAUUGUCACAGACGUCCCACUGGAUCAUUAUUGUCACCGAUGUCCCACUGGGUGUGAGUUUUCCUUGCCCUUAUGUGGGCCUACCGAGGAUGUCGUGGUGGUUUGUGCAGCCCUUUGAGACACUAGUGAUUUAGGGCUAUAUAAGUAAACAUUG